AUCUUGAAGAAAGCUGCCCAACGGCUGGAUUUUGAAAUAUUUUGACCGUUAGAGAGAAGCAAAAAACCCUUCUUUCUCUUACAAAACACGGCGCUUCUCAGUAUGAAAUUCAUUCCUAAUUUUUCUUUCCAAAUCUUUCUUUUUCUUUCAACAGACGUAGACGAUACAAGAAAAAAAUCAAGGAAAGUGAGAAAUAAUCCCUAAUUUUUGCAUUUCCUUUCUCUGUCAAUCUUUUUUCAAACAAUCAAAAUCCAUGGCUUCCAUAGCAAAUGUUCCUCAAGUUGAUAAAGUUGAAGGUAAUGAUGGAGGGAUCAAACAAAAGAAUGUAGCAGCAGGACAGGGAAGAAACAGGAAAGCACUCAAUGAUAUUGGUAAUCUAGUUACAGUCAGAGAUGUUGAAACCAAACCACAAAGACCCAUCACAAGGAGUUUUGGUGCCAGAUUACUUGCUGCUAAUGCACAAGUAGCAGGAGAUAACAAGAAGAAAUUGCAAGUGGCAGGAGUGCCAAAACCACCGGCAAAGAGGGCAGUUCCAACAAAAGCAAAAGCAUCAGUGGAAGUGAUUGAAAUAAGUCCUGAUACUGAGGAAGUCAAAAAUGAGAAACAGAAGGAAAAAUUGGUGCCCCAAAAUGAAAAUUCAGCUGGUUAUAAGAAGAAAAAGAAGAAGGUUCCUUCUAUGACUGCUCUCCUCACUGCUAGGAGCAAGGCUGCUUGUGGGUUGUCCAACAAGCCAAAGGAAGAGAUAGCUGACAUUGAUGCUUCUGAUAUUGAUAAUGAAUUAGCUGUGGUUGAAUAUGUCGAAGAUAUCUACAAGUAUUACAAGGAGGCAGAGGAUGAGUGUCGGCCUCGCGAGUAUAUGGAUUCACAACCCGAUAUCAAUGAGAAAAUGAGGGCAAUUCUAGUUGAUUGGUUGAUUGAAGUACACAGCAGAUUUGAACUUGUGCCUGAAGCCCUCUAUCUCACCAUUAACUUGGUCGAUCGGUUUCUUUCAAUAAAAGCUAUCCCAAGAAGAGAAUUGCAGCUUGUGGGUAUCGGUGCUAUGUUAAUUGCCUGCAAGUAUGAAGAAAUCUGGGCUCCUGAGGUUAAUGAUUUUGUAGCAAUAUGUGAAAGGGCAUACAACAACGAACAAAUUCUGAAGAUGGAGAAGGCCAUAUUAGGCAAAUUAGAAUGGUACAUUACAGUUCCUACACCAUAUGUUUUCCUCUCGCGCUACAUCAAGGCUUCCAUUCCUGAAAAUGAUAUGGAGAACUUAGUCUAUUUCCUAGCUGAGCUUGCUUUGAUGAACUAUCAUUGCUCCAUCUCCUUUUCGCCAUCCAUGAUCGCUGCUUCCGCAGUCCUUGUAGCUCGCCAUACCUUGUUCAAGACGCCUGCUUGGACCGAAACUUUGAGGAUCCACACCGGGUUUUCCGAGUCACAACUCAAUAAAUGUGCAAAGAUGUUGGUGAGCCUGCAUGAAACUGCACCAGGACACAAGCUGCAGACUGUGUAUAAGAAAUACUCUCAGGCUGAGAAAUAUGCAGUGGCUUUGUGUUCACCAGCUUUAAGUUUGAAUUCAAUCUCUUUUAAUGGAUGAUGGGUUUGGAUUUUUGUCAUUGCCGAUGACACAAAAAACAAUUUAGUGAAGUAUGUUUAUUACUUCUGUUGAUGAAUGUUCAUAAUUCAUCAGUGUAUAAUAAUUUUUCAAAUCAACUCAUUUGUUUGUAUGGUUGAAGAAAAUUCAUGUCGAUUGAUUGGUUCAUUAUUGGAUGAAUUAGAGAAGAUUAUUAUUAUGCUCA